GUUGGGCCGGGCCGUCGUUACAUGUAUUGGGUUAUCUUGUCGUGAGAUGCGGCCCUUUUUGGCACGGAGGUUCUCGUGUCGUGCGAGAGAAACGGCCUCCCCGUAUCGGCAAGAAGAAAGGAAACCCUAACCUAGCCGAGCCUCCCCUACCUGAGCAAGCAGCAUGGCGGAGGAGCUGCGACGAUGGGUUGCUGGCAUGACGAGGAAGCCUUGCCCCCGGUCCCCCUUCCCCCCGUCCAUGUACCCAACGAUGCUGGAGAAGGUUGAGGGGAUGAAGAAGGUUGGUGCUCCCACAGAGGAAACGUCCAAGGCUCUUGUAAGGAUCGAGAACAUGCUCAAGACUUACCACAGAGUCUGGGAAGCCAACGAAAGGCAAGUGCAAGGAUUGCUGCGAAAUGGAACGAAGUUUCGUGCGUACAUCGCCUUUGUUACUGUUGGUUCUGCUUUUGGUCUGGCUAAGGGAGCUGAUGUUGCCUACAAGUUCAUCAAAGGCUGAUCAAGAUUUGGUAAUUGAGUGUAGUUAAACCCCGUGAAAGAACUAUUUUGUUGUGGCUUCUGUAUGGACCAGAUAAUAAUUAUUGUAAUCUUAUGUUUAUGAAGUUUGAAGAAAUCGUUUAAGUUGGAUGGGGUGAUGGAAUGUGUGAGUUGAUCCAUUGCCAUGUGCAUAAAAUUCACUAGUGGUGCGCCACUCUAAACAUUAUUUUUGUUA